AUGUCGAGCGGUCAGGAUUUGGCGGAGCGCAUCAGCGAGCCUGUUGUGCCGCAGGAGGUUCAGAGGGAUAUCACUGUGCUGGAGCAGCAGUUUGUUCGCGCGGAGGUUGAGCAGUUGCGCCAGUCCAUCGUCUCCUUCCGUCCCCUCUUCGAGAAGCGCGCCAAGAUCGUUGCGCACCCCGAGGUCCAGAGCAACUUCUGGCUCCGCGUUCUGUCAAAUGCGCCCGCUGAUAUCGACGAGUACAUCACCCCCGCCGAUGCUGCGAUCCUCGGGUCCCUGAAGAACCUCAACGUCGAGCGGUUCGAGGUCAACGAAAAGGGCGAGGGCGAGCCGCGCAGCAUCCGCUUCACAUUCGAGUUCAACGGGGAGAACCCGGCCUUUGACGAGACCACACUGGUCAAGGAGUUCUACUGGCGCAAGCAGGUCCUCACCACUCCCAGCGGCAAGAAGAGGACUUGGGAUGGUCUCGUCUCGGAGCCCGUUCGUAUCAACUGGAAGAAGGACAUGGAUCUCACCAAGGGUCUGCUCGAUGCCGCGUGCGACCUGUUCGACGCCGAGAAGAAGGGCGGUGUUCGCCAUGAGCUGCCCGAGUUUGAAAAGCUUGUGGUCAAGCUCGCCGAGGUGGAGGCUCUCAACGACGAGGAGGAGGACGAGGAGGAUGAGUACCCUCUCCAGGGACAGACCCAGAGCGGCAGCUUCUUCAACUUCUUCGGCUACCGUGGAAGUGACGUGACUGCCGAACAGUCCGCGACUGCGACUAAGGAGGAGAACGAGAGGCUGGAGAAGCUUCUCAAGGGCGAAAAGGUGGACGACGACGAGGCCGAUGACGAUGACGAGGAUGUUGAUGACGAUUUCGACACCAUCGAAGUGUUCCCCGAAGGACAGGAUUUGGCCAUUGCUCUGGCCGAAGACCUCUGGCCCAACGCCCUCAAGUAUUAUGUCCAAUCCUUCGAAGAAGCCCCAGACUUUGACGAGGACGACCUUGAGGAGUUUGACGAUGAGUCCGAAGACGACGAAGCCCCUCCACUCAAGAAGGCCAAGAAAUGA